UCCAUUUGUUUAGGACUGUUUAGGUCCAUUUGUAACAAUACGCAGGAUUAUUUAUACAGAUGUUUUCUGGAAAAGUCAAAGAAUUGGGGGAUUCUGCCCUUUGCUGCCUAGUAAUGUGUUUUUUCUCAAUGCUGUUGCUGAAUUCCUUUGGCGGGAAGGGGGGGGCAGUAUUUUUUCUUGUGAGCUGUGGGAAACCUAGAACAGUGUUUUUCUAAGGGCUGGUUCUUGAAUUCUUGCCUUUAAAGGGGGGAAAAAUCUGCUAAAGGGGGUGGAGGAGAGAGAGAUGACCGAUAUAUUUCACGACAAACAUCUCUUCCCAGCCAACUUCAAUGUCCAGCAAAGCCAGGCCCCACGUAACGCACUGCAGGAAAGGUCCCUUUGGGCCAGACCUCUUCCUGGUUUCCCAGAGCAGAGAUAACGCUUCGGUUUCCAGAGACAGAACCUUUCUCUGGGAAGUGGGAGAGACCCCACCGGGUCGCCCCUCAGUUGUACUCGUUGCCACCUUGUGGAUUGCAGAGGAUAUUGGUUUUCAUCAAACUUCCACUUCAGUUUGGGCUUUUUAUGGCAAGUGCACUUUGGCAAUGGCUUGCUGAGUUCCUCACCAAAAGGAUCCUGGUUUGUUCAACAACACCUCACUCCUCUCCUCACAGUUCAUUUAUGAUUCUGAUGAGAGUGUUUUUUCAGGAAACACACAUCUCACUUUUUGACCUAGGAGCAUCUGUUAGAAUUUUUUUUUUUUAAUACUACUUUGGCAUUCUGAAAGUGUUAAUGUCUUUCAUAUCUGUUUAAUGCUAUUUAGGGAUAUUUAUGAUCACCUCUUGGUUACUCAGGGUAAAGUGUGUCGCAAUUUUUUUUUAAACAGACAGGAAAGCAUUCACAUGAGGAAACAGAUUGCUUUAAACAUGUGCUUCCUGUGACAGUAAAAAGAACAAAUUAGAUUUAACACUAUGUAAUGAAUGCAUAAAUGUGUACAGUGAGGCUUUUUUAAAAGCUUUAUGUUCAGUUCUGGUCACAACCAAAAUUGAGUCACCUGUACAAAUUAAAAAUGCCUCGGGUUCCUCUCAGAUUCCUGAAAUACCCAGGAAUGGAGCCCCUCAACCUGAGGCUGCCUCACUGCAGACCUUAAAAAGCAUGCUGUAUUAAGGCUGGAGAGAAUGAGAACAUCCCAGGUGCAUUCCGGGUUAAACCAGGUUAGACUCAGAGUCUGUACAUUUAGCAGAGAGAGCAGAGUGUCUGGGGGACUGAAAGGGAGGAUUAUAUUACCAUUUUCCUCCCUCUCUGAGAAUUAGUGGGGAAAAACAUAACCAUUCUUCUGAACCCCCACAUCAACCUCUUUCUUUUAUUAGAGAAAAAUAAGAAAAUCUGAUGUUUCCUUCCUAGCCCCUAUGAAGAUUCAGUUACAUAAGAAAAGGACUCCUUUCCUUACGUAAUUCGGUUUGCGCUCCCGUCUGCUGGCUGGCAGGCAGUGGGGAGCGGCUGUUAAUAUUUCCAGUUAGACACGAGUGUGGGAUUGGAGGGCAGGAGUCUUCCCUCCCCGCCAUUUCUGUCUGCGUCCCGCGGAGGGUGCGUUUCCUGCCCUGGUGCCUUCAAAGCGGAGGCUUUGUGGCAGGCUCAGCAUCUCUGUGGCCAGGGAAGGCCGGGACUGGGUCCCUCGGGGGAGGCCACAUAGUUUGGGGACAUCUGACUCUCUCCCAGCGCAUACUGGGGUACUAAUAUCAAAACAGACUGCUUGUCGCUGCACCGUGGGGCAGUGCUUUUUUUGGCUGCCGUGGUCGAAAUGAAAUGGGCAAGCUGUAGCCCGCUUGGCAUCAGAAGGGGCUGAGGGAAGCUGGGAGAUCAGAGUCAGACUGUGAAUAAAAGUAACAGCCAAUGGUUAACUUCCUUUUUGUGUGUCACUUGGCAGCGAUGAGACUGAUGGCGAUUUUUUUUCCCCCUAACGUGGGUGCGAGUUCAGUGCCCUCGGAAGAGCUGUAGACGCCUCUGUUGUGCUUCCUUAUCCAGUUGACUUGCGUUGAUUUCUUGAGGCCACUACAGCUGUUCCCAGAGCCAGCUCCCGGAGCUGCAUACAUGGCCCGUGGACUUCGGAUGCGAAAGGUUUAUGCUCCAUCAGCCAGCACUGCCGACUACAAUAGGGACUCGCCAGGCUACCCUUCCUCGAAACCAGCAGCCAGCACUUUCCCUAGCUCCUUCUUCAUGCAAGAUGGCCAUCACAGCAGUGACCCUUGGAGCUCCUCCAGUGGGAUGAAUCAGCCUGGCUACGGAGGGAUGUUGGGCAAUUCUUCUCAUAUUCCACAGUCUAGCAGCUACUGCAGCCUGCAUCCGCACGAACGUUUGGGCUAUCCAUCACACUCGUCAGCAGACAUCAAUUCCAGUCUUCCUCCGAUGUCCACUUUCCACCGUAGUGGUACCAACCAUUACAGCAGCUCAUCGUGUACACCUCCUGCCAACGGGACAGACAGUAUAAUGGCAAAUAGAGGAAGCGGGGCGGCAGGCAGCUCCCAGACUGGCGAUGCUUUGGGGAAAGCACUUGCUUCGAUCUAUUCUCCAGAUCACACUAACAACAGCUUUUCAUCAAACCCUUCAACUCCUGUUGGCUCUCCUCCAUCUCUCUCAGCAGGCACAGCUGUUUGGUCUAGAAAUGGAGGACAGGCUUCAUCAUCUCCUAAUUAUGAAGGACCUUUACACUCUUUGCAAAGCCGAAUUGAAGAUCGUUUAGAAAGACUGGACGACGCUAUUCACGUUCUCCGGAACCACGCGGUGGGCCCGUCCACAGCCAUGCCUGGCGGUCACGGCGACAUGCACGGAAUCAUCGGACCCUCUCACAACGGAGCAAUGGGUGGUCUGGCCUCAGGGUAUGGAACCGGUCUUCUCUCCGCCAACAGACACUCACUCAUGGUCGGGGCCCAUCGUGAAGAUGGCGUGGCCCUGCGAGGCAGCCACUCUCUCGUUCCGAACCAGGUGCCGGUGCCACAGCUACCUGUCCAGUCGGCAACCUCCCCUGAUCUGAACCCACCCCAGGACCCUUACAGAGGCAUGCCACCAGGCUUGCAGGGCCAGAGUGUCUCCUCCGGCAGCUCUGAGAUCAAAUCCGAUGACGAGGGUGACGAAAACCUGCAAGACACGAAAUCUUCCGAGGACAAGAAAUUAGAUGACGACAAGAAGGAUAUCAAAUCCAUUACUAGGUCAAGAUCUAGCAAUAACGACGACGAGGACCUGACGCCCGAGCAGAAGGCGGAGCGGGAGAAGGAGCGGCGGAUGGCGAACAACGCCCGCGAGCGCCUGCGCGUGCGCGACAUCAACGAGGCGUUCAAGGAGCUGGGCCGCAUGGUGCAGCUGCACCUCAAGAGUGACAAGCCCCAGACCAAGCUCCUGAUCCUCCACCAGGCCGUGGCCGUCAUCCUCAGCCUGGAGCAGCAAGUCCGAGAAAGGAACCUGAACCCGAAAGCCGCGUGUCUGAAGAGAAGGGAAGAAGAGAAGGUCUCCUCAGAGCCGCCCCCGCUGUCCUUGGCGGGCCCCCACCCCGGCAUGGGAGACGCGUCCAACCACAUGGGACAGAUGUGAAAGGGUCCAAGUUGCCACAUUGCUUCAUUAAUACGAGAGACCACUUCCAUAACAGCUGUAUUAUCUUAAACCCACAUAAACACUUCUCCUUAACCCCUUUUUUUGUAAUAUAAGACAAGUCUGAGUAGUUAUGAAUCGCAGACGCAAGAGGUUUCAGCAUUCCCAAUGAUCAAAAAACCGAAAAACAAAAAAAAAGAAAAAACACGUGCAACUUAGGGGUUGACUCUCUUUAACAUAUCAUUCAGAAUGUGCAGUGUGUGCAGGCUGAGACGCAGCCCAGAGACUGAAUGGCAAUCUUUCCACACUGUGGAACAAUGCAUUUGUGCCUAAACUUCUUUUGGAAAAAAAAAAAAAGUAUAUAAUUAAUUUGUAAGUCUGAAAAAAAAAUAUUUAAUUUAAAAAAAAAAUUGUAAACUUGCAAUAAUGAAAAAGUGUACUUCUGAAGAAAACGACAUGACCGUUUUUGUUGGUAUUCAAGUCAGCUAGUGUUUAUAAUGACCGGAUAUCGAAUAAGGGAAGCCCGGCUGCCCUCGUAACAAAACCAGCAAAUAUCCUGAUGACAGCGAAGUGAUGACAUUAGCCAUUCCUUAGGGUAGGAGGAACAGAUGGAUCUUAUAGACCUAUGACAAAUAUAUAUAUAAAUAUAUAUAUAAAUAUAUAUUAAAAAUUUAGUGACUAUGGUAAGCUUUUGUUCAUUUGUUUCAGACUUUUUUCUCCUGUAAAAAAAUAGUACUGAUUAACUUUUUUAAGAGAAAGAUUUUACUGUAAAUACGGAGGUGUUUUUUUGGUUUUGUUUUUUUUGGGUCUGAUUUCUGUCCCUCUCCCCGGUUUGUUCUCGUAACCUGUAGUGCCACCUCUGCUUCCGGAGCGGGUAGUACAGGAUGAAAUGCUGACCCUGAUGUUGCUUCUCAUUCAUAAAUAAGUAGAAAAUUGUUUCUUCAGUCUUUUGGGAACACAGGACUUAAAAGUCACAUCAUGUGUAGAUAUUACCAAGCAGCAUUACCAAGACAUGGCAAAGAGUUUGUCUGAAUUGGAAUGUUGCUGUUUGUGGCCCUCUUCCGGGAUUUUCAGAGGUACAAGGUUAGAAUGCUACAAUGUUACCACCGUGCCUUCCAAUGUUUAUAUCAUCGGAAACAUAACAUAAUCAAAGUGGCUGUGAUUUAACAAAAUGAUUAAAGUGUUACCUACAUGUGUAGCCGAAGUAGUGUGCAGUGAGGUGUUUCUGAAUACAUGGUCAGAUUUUUGGAAAAAAACAAAAACAAAAAAAACAAGUCAAGUUCAACAACCAUCCAACGAGAAAAUUGCAAGUAGUGUGACAGAGCUGAUUGAUUUUGUUGCUUUCUUGAUUUUUUUUUUUUUUUCAAAAUGGGUUUACUAAGAUGUAGAAUGACUUAACUGCCUCCUCCUUUGUCUGGAAAAAAAAAAUGCCAAUAUUCAAUCAUCAUGCAGCAUUAUAUCAAGCCUUAUAAGUCCUAAAGCAUUAAGUUGCACUUUCUUGAGGAGGGGUAGUGCAGUAUUUCUCUGGCCAGUAUGAAUGAAGUUUAUACUUAACAUAUUUGAUAGAAACAUAGAUCAAGCUAUGGCACAGCAACUCGUCAGAUAGCUAGCUUUGACGUCUGGGCACAAUUGAACCAACUUCCAUUGUGAAUCUUUAUAAUGAUUGACUUUGGUGUAUAGUGCAGUAAAGAAAUAGUGCUCCUAGUUAAGUAUUUGUCAGCAUCCUUUUGUCUCUAACUCGUUUCUAUUUUUACAGCCACACAAUCUUGGCAUGUAUUAAGAAAAAAAAAAAUCCCUUGUUCAAGUAGUUUUUCCACCUAUCAGCACUGAGUCAAUGCCAUAAACCCAUCGAAAUGGUCUAAAUGUUCCAUCUGUUCUCCUGUUUUGCCAGUUAUAUAGAAAUGAAAUACAUUUGUAAAUUUUAUGCAACAAAUGGCAACCGUAUCAUUAUUUUGAAAUUGUGUAUGUAAAAGUUAUAUUUUUACAUGUAGACUCUUGUUAUUAUGUGUUUUAAUACAUUGUAUUGGUUUUUGUUUCUCUUUUUUCUUUUUUUUAAAAAAACGGUGUGGUUUAAAAACCGUCUCAUUGAAAUGAAAUAGUGAGCUACAAGAAUCUGAAUUUUAUGUUCAUUUCUGAAAAUGUAAGAACAAAUAAGAUAGUUACCACGUGGUCAUCUUUUACAAACCCAUAAACAUUUUGAUUAGCUGUGUGUGUGUGUUGAGAACUGUAAAUAUGUUCAGUAGUGAUAAAACGGAAAUACUUUGAUUUGUUGAUAAGUUCCUAAAAUGUGGAGGUGGAUUAAGACCUUAGAAUAGCAGGAAUCAGACUUCAUGAAACGUUAUUUUGAGGCUUCCCUGUGAAAAUGGAUGAACAAAGGGGCUCAGAGAAGGGCAUGGAAGACAAUAUUGUAUACUCUUCCCCUCCUCCUGAAUAACGGAAGCUGUGUGUACUUGUACCCUCAGUAUGUUGAAGAUUUCCUUUUAGUGGUACAUUCUGCACUCAUUUUGUAUACUCUUAUCAAGGCGGGUAUCCCUAGGAACAAUAUUAUAUAGGAAGCAGGUAUCUUCUGAUCACAUUCAGGAUAAGUGUAUAGAAGAAAAUACGGUGUUUACUCUUUAGGGAACUGGAAACACUCCCUGCAUUGAUGUACAUUUUAAGAUUGGCACUUUUUGAUACAUGUUAUCAUCAAGGUGCUUUCAUAGAGCUGAUUUAAAGAUUUUCAAAUCUGUAAACAAAGCAAAAAAAAAAUUAAAUUGUAGUUCUUGGGUUGUUUUUUAAAUUGGUGCUUUAUGUUUUCUUCUCAAACAGAGUAAAAGCUGCAAUUUACUAUUCACCAGCUUUGACCCAUUCAUUAAUCAGUCACGUAAUACCUCUAUUGUGGAAUUCCCUUUGGAAAUAAGUAGAAAGCUUUUCUAACGGCCAUCAAUGCUGCUCACUACUUUUUGCUUGGUGGAGAAACAUCCGCGGCCAUCCGUAUACAUUGGGUUGUAUCCCCAUUAAAAAGAAAAAAAAAAAGAUGAAAGGGAAUGUGGCCUUUUUAGUGUGUUUUUUUUUUUUCUGUUUUGUGAUUAUCAAACCCAGGUAAGAUAUUGGUAUUCUGCGCUGGAUUUUCGGAUGAAAUGUAGCAGAAGACAGUUAGGAUCAAAGUGAAGCAUUUCCUAAGGGUCCAUACUAUACUAUGUAUAUGAUGAAACUUAGGCUGGGGAUCUGUUUAAGAGAGUUGGACUUUAAAAGCAACUUGGAACGGUUGAUCCACCUCCACAUUCAAGUAAUUUAUGAAUAUGCAGACUAGGGAUCUGUUCAUCUAGACAUUUUUCCCAUUUGUCUUCUGUGUAGCUGCAAGGAACACUAAUGUUUAUACAACGGUCAGUCCACCCAGUAACGCAACUGGUUCUGAUUCAGUCUUCCGAUUCCUUUUUUUGUUUUUUGCUUUUUUUUCCUAUUUCUUGAUUUUUUUUUUUAAUUUGUGAUCUUUAUUUUGAUGAGGGAUUGGGGGGGUGGGGGUGGGGAGGGUGUUGAACCAAGACUUGGGGUUAAGAGGAUUUUCGUCUUGGAUCCAACAGGCAGAAUAUGAUCUGUGUCCAAAAGUGAACUUGAGUCAGGAAUGAAACCAUUUCAGCAUAAACAAGCACAAAAAUUUAGUCUGCUGGCUGACUGGAAACAAAAAAAAAAGUCAAGAUGGAAUAUGAGGAAUUCCAACACAAUGGGGCACCAAGGCCUCUAGGCCUCUCUUUUUAUUUUGCUUUGGUUCUGUUUGUUUUUCUUUAGAGACAUGCUCUUUCUCAUGGGACUUGAAGUGGACUCAUCUUUGUGCAGUGCUGGUUUUGCCAUACUCAUUUCAAGUAUUAUAGACAUAUGUAAUGGUGAAAUAUAUGAACUGUGGCCUUUUUCAUUCUUGUUACUUGUGAUGCAAUUAAGUGAAGAUAAGAAAAAAAAAAAAAAAAGCAGAGACUUACCAUGUAUCAGUGCCUGGCUUUUUGUUAUAAAGCUUUGUUUGUCUAGUGCUCUUUUUGCUAUAAAAUAGACCGUAGUACACCCUAGUAGGAAAAAAAAAACUAAAUUUAAAAAUAAAAAAUAUAUUUGGCUUAUUUUUCGCAGGAGCAAUCCUUUUAUACCAUGAAUAUUACAAAAAAAAAUUGUCAGAUUCUGAAUAUUUCUUCUUUGUAGAUUUUUGGAAUCAUUAUGAGUAAAAGUUUGUUACUUUAUUUUACUAUUUAAAAGAUGUUAUUUUACCAUGUGUUACUGAGAUGAAACUGUAUGGUAGCUUUUUUUGUUUGUUUUUUGUUUUUGUUUUUUUUUAGUUGUAGGUCGCAGCGGGGAAAAUUUUUGCGACUGUACACAUAGCUGCAGCAUUAAAAACGAAAAAAAAAUUGUUAAAAAAAGAAAAAAAGGGAAAACACUUCAAAAAAAAAAAAAAAAGAUAAACAGUUACACCUUGUUUUCAAUGUGUGGCUGAGUGCCUCGAUUUUUUCAUGUUUUUGGUGUAUUUCUGAUUUGUAGAAGUGUCCAAACAGGUUGUGUGCUGGAGUUCCUUCAAGACAAAAACAAACCCAGCUUGGUCUAGGCCAUUACCUGUUUCCCAUCUGUAGUUAUUCGAUGAAGUCAUGUACAUGACCGUUCUGUAGCAAUAAAUGUGCCAUUUUUAUAAA